AACAAGCAACCUGUCUAGUGUUCACAUUUCUCUCUCCUCUUUCUUUUAUCUCUCUCUCUCUCUCCUUCGAUCCCAUCACCCAUGGCCAGUCUAUGGCGAGCCGUGAUGGGUGACAACACAACUUCAUCGAACGACGACUACGAUGGAGUAGAAUUCUGGUUUAAUCCUGAACGAACCGGAUGGCUUACAAAACAAGGCGAAUAUAUAAAAACUUGGCGUCGCCGGUGGUUCGUGUUGAAACAGGGGAAGCUGUUUUGGUUCAAGGAAGCCAAUAUCACCAGAGGAUCGAAACCGCGUGGCGUUGUUCCGGUGGCAAAUUGCCUUACAGUGAAAGGAGCUGAAGAUGUUCUCAACAAACAAUUUGCUUUCGAGCUUUCAACUCGUUCCGAUACUAUGUACUUCAUUGCUGAUUCGGAGAAGGAGAAAGAGGAUUGGAUCAAUUCGAUCGGACGGUCUAUAGUGCAGCAUUCGAGAUCUGUUACUCGUGAUGAAAUUCUCGAUUAUGAUAGCCGGAAAUAAAAUAUUUGCCUAACCGAAUUAUGGUACGUGUAUCUUUGUUUUUUUUUCUUUUUUGGGAAAUUAAUUAUUAUCUUUAUGUCUCGUCUGUGUGUAGUGUGAAUUGAAUAUAUAAUUUCUGGUAUUUGAAACUGUAAGUACUCUGUUUGAGUCAUUGUUGAACUAUGAAUGUUGUAAAUUUGCUGCCUGUUGUGAGUUGAAGUUUCCUCUUUGCA